AUGAAACUGUUUGUGGCAUUGUUUGCCCUGUUGGCGGUCGCCCUUGCUGCACCGGUGGCACAGUUUGGCUUCGGAUAUCCCGGUCUGGGAGGAGGCUUUUUUCCAGUAGCGGUUCCGGUACCGGUAGCGGUAGCACCGGUAGCGGUAGCACCGGUGGGUGUACUAGCCCCAGUUGGAUACGUAGCGCCAGGACCCCAUUACGGCGGACACUACGGUGGAGGACCCGUAGGAGGGGGCGGUUUCUCCGGCAGCCAGGCCAACGCACAGUCCGCUUCGUUCAACAUUGGGCUCGGUGGAAUUUCGGGCUCGUUCAGUAACUCGAACGCUAACUCGUUCGGCGGUGGCCCUGGAGGUGGUUUCGGAGGCUCAGGCUCGCAAGCAUCGGCACAGUCCAGCUCGUUCGGCGGUGGAUUGGGAGGAUUCGGAGGUUCAGCGUCCAGCGCACAAGCGUCUGCUAACUCGUUCGGUGGAGGUGGCGGUGGUUUGUUCCCGUAA